AUGGCUCUCGAGUAUCAGUCGAAGCCCUGCAUCGAAGGCAAAUCAUCGAAGGUUGCUGCCGAGAAGGAGAAUGAUGGCGAUACUAAUAGUGAGGAGUUUGAUGAAAUGCGCAGUGAUAAGGAUGAGGGCGGAACUCUUGUUCUGGAUAAAAAACUUCGCGAUUACCUCAGGCGACAUCGUGGAGCUUCACCAGUCAUUGUGAAAAACCCUUCGUUAGCUGUGGUUCCGUACGUGGCGCCACUAAACUUCGAAAAUAUGCCAAUGUCCGUACGGAUCAAUGAGAUUGACGCCGAAGAGGCGCAAGAAUAUUUAUCCUGCGAGGAGGGUGUUGUAACAUUUCCGGAUGAGGCAACUGUGGAAGCAAUGGAGAGUACAGCUAGUGAUAGUGAACCGCUUGCGGCAUCAGUGCUGAGUAUAUCCGAGCUCAGGGACAGUGUUUCGGAUGAGACAGCAAUGGAAACUGAUAGUUGA